AUGGCUGCGCAUGCAAAGGUACUGCUUCUUGGCAAAAUUGACCACGCAACUGUAUCCUGGGAUUCACUCUCGGAGCAUGCACAACUUGUGAAGCCUCAAUCAACUAGCAGAAAAGAGUUUCUCAUUGAGCUUGAAAGUGGUAAACUGGAUGGAGUUGUUGCCAUAUGUGAUCGUGCACCUUACAGUCUGGCAGUCACUGGAAAGUUCGACGAGGAGCUAGUGCAGGCACUCCCCAAAAGCGUUAAAUACAUCUGUCACAACGGCAAGGCUGGGUAUGAUAAUAUUGACGUGGUAGCUUGCACCGCCAGAAACAUUCUCGUCUCAAACUGCCCCGAGGUUGUGGACGAUGCUACGGCCGACACCGCUGUAUUUCUGAUCCUGGCUGCGCUAAGAGGCUUCAACAACGGCAUUAUGUCCAUACGUAAUAGGAGUUGGACGGGCCACGUACCUCCAGGGUCUCUUGGCCAUGAUCCCCAAGGCAAAACUCUUGGUAUUCUGGGUCUCGGCGGCAUCGGCAUCAAUUUGAAGCGAAAGAUGGAAACUUUUGGGAUGAAGGUUGUCUAUCAUAGCAGAUCACCAUCUGUCCUGUCAGACGGUGCCGAGUAUGUCAGCUUUGACGAGCUGCUUACAAAGAGCGACGUAUUGAGUCUUAAUCUACCACUGAAUGCCAAUACCCGAAACAUCAUCUCAACCGGAGAAUUCGAAAAGAUGAAGGAUGGCAUCGUCAUUGUCAAUACAGCCCGAGGCGGCGUUCUAGAUGAAGAGGCCCUGGUCAAAGCCUUGGAUUCUGGCAAAGUUCUCUCCGCAGGGCUCGAUGUCUACCAAAGCGAGCCUGACAUCCACCCCGGUCUUCUAUCAAACCCACAUGUUUGCAUGCUACCGCAUAUGGGAACAUCGACUGUCGAGACCAAGACAAAGAUGGAAGAGUGCACAAUUUCAAAUGUCCGGUCGGGUAUUUUGACGGGAAGGCUGGUUACGCUGGUUCCGGAGCAGGCAAAGCUUAAAGGUGUUUCUUCUUGA